UUCUGCUGAGCGCUCGAGGGACCUCAGCUGGGCUGACCCCACUGAAGUGAGUGGGAAACUCAAUUAUCCCUUCACUUAGCGAAUCUAGAGCUGGCUUAAAAGCUGUUAAAGAGAAAUCCUGUCUGCUCUGUUUCCUGAGAGUGGAGAUGUGUGUGGAAAUGUCUGUGAGCUUCCUCCUGGCCCUCUUCAUAAGGGGACAACGAUCCUGGAGGUCCCUCCCAGGUGGAAAGCAAAGAGUUAACUGUAAAAGCACUUGAGAGUUUAUUUGGAGAGUAAACACACAUUUCUGGCACCCAGAGGGUACAAAGAGCCUAAAUUUCGCUGUCCUACCUCGUGGGAAAUGUGGGUAAAUGUUUGCACAAGGAUCCAGCGUGUCACUUCGGGGAACUCAGGAUUUCCUCGGGCCCUGGCUCCUCUUCCCCGCUGCCCAUGUAAGGGCACCGCGGGCACGGGUGAUGGAUGGGCAGCCAGAUGGAAGGACUCACACAAAAAUAUCCUGCCCGAGUCAGGGGGCCAGCGAGAGAGGCAGGGAUGGGCGGGAGGAGGCUCGGAUUUUCCAUCCCCUGCCUCCUGCUCCCAUGGCUCGCCUGAGGAGGAGGAGGAGGAGAGGCUGGAGGAAGGCGGCGCGCCCGGGGCUGCCUGGAGCCGCUCGUAGGGAGCCCAUGGCUCUCCCCUAGACGCUCUCGUCGCCCGGCGGCUGCGGCGGCGGGGACGGCGGCGGGAGCCGCAAGAGUGGGGUCAUUCUGGACAUCGCCUCGCUGAAGAUGACGGAGCUGGAGUCCGAGGUGCUGCCGCUGCCGCCCCGCUACCGGUUCCGCGAUCUGCUGCUGGGGGACCAGUCCUUCCAGAGCGACGACAGGGUGCAGGUCGAGUUCUACGUGAAUGAAAACACCUUCAAGGAGCGGCUGAAGCUGUUCUUCAUCAAAAACCAGCGAUCGAGCCUGAGGAUCCGGCUCUUCAACUUCUCCCUGAAGCUGCUGACGUGCCUGCUGUACAUCGUGCGUGUCCUGCUGGACAACCCCGAGGAGGGCAUCGGCUGCUGGGAAUGUGAGAAGCAGAAUUACACAGCCUUCAACCAGUCCACCAACAUCAACUGGUCCCACAUCUUUUGGGUGGACAGGAAAACCCCUCUGUGGGCCGUGCAGGUCAGCAUCGCCCUCAUCAGCUUCCUGGAGACCAUGCUGCUCACCUACCUCAGCUACAAGGGGAACAUCUGGGAGCAGAUUUUUCGCAUUUCCUUCGUCCUGGAGAUGAUCAACACGGUGCCGUUCAUCAUCACGAUAUUCUGGCCUCCUUUAAGGAAUUUGUUCAUUCCUGUGUUUCUGAACUGCUGGCUGGCCAAGUAUGCCCUGGAGAACAUGAUUAACGAUCUGCACCGAGCCAUCCAAAGGACACAGUCAGCAAUGUUCAACCAGGUGCUCAUCCUGAUCUGCACCCUCCUGUGUCUCGUGUUCACGGGGACCUGCGGCAUCCAGCACUUAGAAAGAGCAGGUGAGAAGCUCUCCCUCUUCAAGUCCUUCUAUUUCUGCAUCGUCACCUUUUCCACCGUGGGCUACGGAGAUGUGACACCAAAGAUUUGGCCUUCCCAGCUCCUCGUGGUGAUCAUGAUCUGCGUGGCCCUGGUGGUGCUGCCGCUCCAGUUCGAGGAGCUCGUCUACCUGUGGAUGGAGAGGCAGAAGUCGGGGGGGAACUACAGCCGGCACCGCGCGCAGACGGAGAAGCACGUGGUGCUGUGCGUCAGCUCGCUCAAGAUCGACCUCCUCAUGGACUUCCUCAACGAGUUCUACGCCCACCCACGCCUGCAGGAUUACUACGUGGUGAUCCUGUGCCCCACAGAGAUGGACAUCCAGGUGCGGCGCGUGCUGCAGAUCCCCCUGUGGUCCCAGAGGGUCAUCUACCUCCAGGGCUCCGCGCUCAAGGACCAGGACCUGAUGAGAGCCAAGAUGGACAAUGGAGAAGCUUGCUUCAUUCUCAGCAGCCGAAACGAGGUGGACAGGACAGCGGCGGACCACCAGACCAUCCUGAGGGCCUGGGCUGUCAAAGACUUUGCUCCAAACUGCCCCCUCUACGUUCAGAUCUUAAAGCCAGAGAAUAAAUUCCAUGUCAAGUUUGCAGAUCACGUUGUGUGUGAGGAGGAGUGCAAAUACGCCAUGCUGGCCCUGAACUGCGUCUGCCCUGCCACCUCCACCCUCAUCACGCUGCUGGUGCACACCUCCCGCGGCCAGGAGGGCCAGGAGUCUCCGGAGCAGUGGCAGCGGAUGUACGGGCGCUGCUCGGGCAAUGAGGUCUAUCACAUCCGCAUGGGGGACAGCAAGUUCUUCAUGGAGUACGAGGGGAAGAGCUUCACCUACGCCGCCUUCCACGCGCACAAGAAGUACGGCGUCUGCCUGAUCGGCAUCCGGAGGGAGGAGAACAAGAGCAUCCUGCUGAACCCCGGGCCACGGCACAUCAUGGCGGCCUCGGACACCUGCUUCUACAUCAACAUCACCAAGGAGGAGAACUCUGCCUUCAUCUUCAAGCAGGAGGAGAAGCAGAAGAAGAAGGGCUUUGCGGGCCGGGGCAGCUACGACGGCCCCUCGCGGCUGCCCGUGCACAGCAUCAUCGCCAGCAUGGGUACAGUGGCCAUGGACCUGCAGAACACCGAGUGCCGCCCUGCCAACAGCAGCAAGCUGGCCCUGCCCGCCGAGAACGGCUCGGGCACGCGCCGGCCCAGCAUCGCCCCCGUCCUGGAGCUGGCUGACACCUCGUCCCUGCUGCCCUGUGACCUCCUCAGCGACCAGUCCGAGGACGAGAUGACGCAGUCGGACGAGGAGGGGUCGGCGGUGGUGGAGUACGUGAAGGGCUACCCCCCAAACUCGCCCUACAUCGGGAGCUCCCCGACCCUGUGCCACCUCCUGCCUGAGAAAGCCCCGUUCUGCUGCCUGAGGCUGGACAAGGGCUGCAAGCACAACAGCUUUGAGGACGCCAAAGCCUACGGGUUCAAGAACAAACUGAUCAUCGUCUCUGCAGAGACAGCCGGCAACGGCCUCUACAACUUCAUCGUCCCGCUGCGGGCGUACUACCGCUCCCGCAAGGAGCUCAACCCCAUCGUGCUGCUGCUGGACAACAAGCCUGAGCACCACUUUCUGGAGGCCAUCUGCUGCUUCCCCAUGGUUUACUACAUGGAGGGCACCAUUGACAACCUGGACAGUUUGCUGCAGUGUGGCAUCAUCUACGCCGACAACCUGGUGGUGGUGGACAAGGAGAGCACCAUGAGCGCCGAGGAGGACUACAUGGCAGAUGCCAAGACCAUUGUCAACGUCCAGACCAUGUUCAGGCUCUUCCCCAGCCUCAGCAUUAUCACGGAGCUGACCCACCCCUCCAACAUGAGGUUCAUGCAGUUCAGAGCAAAGGACAGCUACUCCCUGGCCCUUUCCAAGCUAGAAAAGAGAGAGCGAGAGAACGGCUCCAACCUGGCCUUCAUGUUCCGGCUGCCCUUCGCGGCCGGGAGGGUCUUCAGCAUCAGCAUGCUGGACACGCUGCUCUACCAGUCGUUCGUGAAGGAUUACAUGAUCACCAUCACUCGGCUGCUGCUGGGCCUGGACACCACGCCGGGCUCCGGGUACCUCUGUGCGAUGAAGAUCACUGAGGAUGACCUGUGGAUCCGGACAUACGGCCGCCUGUUCCAGAAGCUCUGCUCCUCCAGCGCCGAGAUCCCCAUCGGCAUCUACAGGACGGAGUCGCACAUGUUUGCCACCUCCGAGCCCCACGACAUCCGAGCGCAGUCACAGAUCUCAAUCAAUGUUGAGGACUGCGAGGACACCAAGGACGUCAAGGAGCACUGGGGCAUCAAGACGAGCCACCACCGGAACUCGUGCUCCAGCGACCAGUCGGAGCACCCGCUGCUGCGGCGCAAGAGCAUGCAGUGGGCACGGCGCCUCAGCAGGAAGGGCAACAAGCACUCCAGCAAGACGGCCGAGUGGAUCAGCCAGCAGCGCCUCAGCCUGUACCGGCGCUCCGAGCGCCAGGAGCUGUCCGAGCUCGUCAAAAACCGUAUGAAGCACCUGGGCUUGCCCACCACCGGGUACGAGGAUGUAGCAAAUUUAACAGCCAGUGAUGUGAUGAAUCGGGUAAACCUGGGAUAUUUGCAAGAUGAGAUGAACGACCACCAGAACACCUUGUCCUACGUCCUGAUCAACCCUCCCCCGGACACGCGGCUGGAGCUCAACGACAUCGUGUACCUGAUCCGCUCCGACCCUCUGGCACACGUGGCCAACGACGGCCACAGCCGCAAGAGCAGCUGCAGCAACAAGCUGGGCUCCGGCAACCCCGAGACGCGCGACGAGACCCAGCUGUGAGCAGCCGCCCCUCUCGAGGGCUCCGGGCGGCCGGGGAAGGAGAGCACGGCCCGGCCCAGCCCGGGGAAGGCGGCUGCUGCCCGCGGUGCCCCGGAGAAGGCGAUGCCCAGCCUGGCUGUGCCCGCGGGAGGGAUGCCCGGAGCCCCGGGAGGGGCGGCACAGCCGGACGCGCCCGCAGCCGGUGGCCGUGAGCCCCGGGGAUUUUAACUUUUUAUACCGAUACCGCAACUAGUGAGAAAGUGUUCGCUGGUGCUGCUGGGACGUGGCUGAGCCCCGACGCCGAUGGCCCCGGGGGAGCAGGGCUGGGUUGGCACCGGCCCGGAGGGUGCAGGCUGGUACAGACCAGGGUAAAACUGCUCCGAACCCAGGGUAAAACUGCUCCGAACCCAGAGAAAAACUGCACCGAACCCAGGGUAAAACGGCU